CCGGCGGCGGAAACUUCUUAUCCUAUCCUAUUCCCAGCUCCCACCCCCACUUUCUUCCCUCCUCACUUAGCCCUUUGACAAACCAAAGACCAAGCUCUCAACUUCAAAACGCCUACAAAAUCCAAACCUAUUUCAGCUUUCGAAUGGCGGCGCCCUUUUCUUCGACGACCUCCGUUCGGUCCCUUUUCAGGCAUAAUCUUAAUCCUCCCAAAUCUUUUCGCUCUCCUUUGGGUUUUCUCUUGAAUGGUUCCGACCGCAUCAAGUAUAAUUCCGGCGAUGUUCUUGCGUACUCAUGGAGCUCGACUGCAAACUACGCCAGUAUUCGUCACGUCGCCGUUAAAUCAUCCGGCAAACACGUCGUUGUUAAACAUUUGCUACGUGAGAGACUCGUGAGGUGUGCAACUAUCGAAGAAAUCGAAGCAGAAAAAUCUUCCAUUGAGAAAGAUGCUAAAGCGAGAAUGGAGAAGACAAUUGAGACGGUUAGAACGAAUUUCAAUUCCAUAAGGACAGGGAGGGCAAACCCGGCAAUGCUUGACAAAGUCGAGGUGGAAUAUUAUGGAACUCCGGUCAGCUUAAAGAGUAUUACUCAAAUCAGUACUCCUGAUUCAAGUUCUUUCUUGAUUCAACCCUUUGACAAGUCCAGCUUAAAGUCUAUAGAGAAAGCUAUAGUCAACUCUGAUCUCGGUAUGACUCCGAACAAUAAUGGUGAAGUCAUUCGCUUGUCUCUCCCUCAACUGACAACUGAAAGAAGAAAGGAAUUGUCAAAAGUUGUGGCCAAACAAGCUGAAGAAGGGAAGGUGGCAGUGAGAAAUAUAAGAAGAGAUGUCCUUAAAGCCUAUGAAAAACUUGAGAAGGAGAAAAAGCUGUCUGAAGACAAUGUGAAGGACUUGUCAAGUGAUUUGCAGAAACUCACAGAUGAGUAUAUGAAGAAGAUAGAUAGCAUCUACAAACAAAAAGAAAAGGAGUUGCUGACGGUCUAGUGAUUGUCUGUACAAACUUGUAAAGUCUGGAUCUUCCUUCUGAAAGAAUAUAUAUAUAUAUAUAUAUAGUUUUUGCUUUGUGAUAGGUGGAACUUGUGGUGCGUAGCAUCUAUAUCUUGCAGAAGAGAAUUUUGAAAGUUGAUAUGAUAUAGGUAAGAUACAUUGGCUUAAAUCAAAGUGGAAAAAAAUCAAAAUCCAUGAUCAGUGAAACUAUUGUACUGGUUAUGAGAGGUCUGUGGUGUAUAAGUAGCCAAAGAUUACUGGCCUUUUGUUUUUUCCUGUGUUGAUGUACAAGAUGUGUGUAGCAAGGAGAAAGGCCAAGUUUGA